GCAUAGCAAAUAACGUAAAUAAGUUUCUUCAAAUCGAUUUCAUGUGUUAUUUCAAUCAAUAAAUGGAAAUCCAACGAUUUUGCUUCGACAUAAAACAAGUGUAAAGUAAAUUAACAAUAGCAAAAGUCAAUAUAAUUAACUUUUGUUUGAAUAAUAAAUGAUAACUAGCCGUUAAACGUUAUUUCAAACACCUAUUAAAGGAUGAUUUACGAAAAAGGACGGUGAUAAAUUUAUGGUUGUCAAAUAAAAAGAGGGUUGCUUUGAAUAGUUAAAAGUAAAAGUAGUCAAAUAUAUUUUGAAAACAUGAAUGAAAAAGUGAACAGAUAUUUUUGUGAAAUACUACAUAAAUUAACACUGUUUGAUUAGUCUACAUUGAAAUAAAGUGACAUUUUUUAAAACUGUUUAAUACUACAGUAUAAAUAUUUUAUAUGAAUAAGUUUUAAGUGGACUUUGUGUUGCAACACUGCGUAUAGCAUGCGACUUUAUGUAUGUGACUAGCUAAACAUACCCAGCACAGCGGCGUUUUCAUACUUUUCAUAUGUUGAGCUGAAUUCGUGCAAGAAAGUUCGUUAGCAAUAAUUGUUUUGCUUUGCAUAUAACUAAAAUAGUGCUGGUGAUUUAUUAAAUAAUAAAUAUUUAAAAAAAAUAAAACAAAAGACCUACUUGGUAGCGUGGUGUUAGUAAACUUCCUAAUUAAAUUAACAAGUUAUGGAAAUUAUUGAAACAACGGCAGAGGGUAGCAAAAAACAAAUGAACGAAACGUUAACAGCGGCGUCGUUGGCAGAAAGCAGCGGCAAUAGUAGCUUGACUGGUAGCAGCGCUGCUAAUAAUUCUGUUGCUGUUACCGCAACAGCGGAAACUAGAACAAAGGAUAACAAUACAACUACAACAAAUUUAACAAUAUCAACUGAGUCUAAUGCUAACAAGGAUAUUGAUAUGGACAUAGAAGAGUUGCCUUUAAAGUCUACAACAGCAACAGAUUACACUAAAACCGAUGAGAAAUGCCAACAACAAACGGCAAAGUUGUUAUCAACACAUACGCCAGCAAUGGUUACACAGCUGGAUGAACAUAUACCGAUUAUAUCAUUGUCGGAUGGUGAAGAUGCUGUGGGUACACAUCAAAUAAACACAUUGCAAAAAGCUAGCCGUAAACGUAAUAGUGUAGGCGCAGCGACAGCUGAUGAAGACCAGUCAUUCCGUUUGAAACGACGUAAAAUUAAGGUGGCCGGUGCGCCAAAGAUGCCCUUGACUGGUUAUGUACGUUACAUGAAUGAUCGGCGCGAGCUGCUACGUAAGGAACUGCCCUCCAAAACAGCAAUUGAGCAUACAAAAAUUAUCGGCGAAGAGUGGCAAAAGAUGUCAGAAGACAAAAAGGCGCCAUAUAUGAAGGCAGCUGAGAUUGAUAAACAACGCUACCUCGCCGAAUUGCACACAUUCCUCAAAGAGCGUCCCGAUGUAUUGGCUUGUGAGCUAGCCAAAGACAAGCAAUUACGCAAAAGUCUCGGCGAAGCUGGCAAGACAGUUCUAAAGGAGAAAUCACAGUCUGUAGGCAACAUAAAGUCGCCUAAUAAGGAAUCCAAUACCAACACCGCCGCCAAUAAAGAUAAAUCACGCCGUAGUUCGGAGAAGGAUAAUUCACCGACAACAUUGCCACCACCCGCAACAACAACGUUGGAGACUAAGCUACGACGUAAGCGUACACCAACACCACCCACUGCAGGCGAUACACAUAGUAGCCAAACAAACAAAAACAAUACAUCACACACAAACAACAACAACAACAAUCACAACUCUACAACUAGCAGUAAUCACAAUAGCAAUGCGACAAGCAACACAACCACAACCAACACUAAUACAGCAACUGCACACGCAGCCACAACAGCCGUACCCGGCGAAAUACCAAUAUUCACCAAUGAAUUUCUGGAACAUAAUAAAGUUUUCGACAUGGAAUUACGUACGUUACGCAAAUCGAAGGCGGAUUUGGAACAACAAAAUGCUGUAUUGGAGAAACAUGUGGAGAAUAUGAAAUUCGGUGUGGAGAAAAUGACGAACGAGAAUGAUGAAUUGGCGGAAAAAAAUCGUUUACUCGAGCUGUAUUUGGAUAAAUUGAAAGCAAAAUUGGCGCAUGCGCUCGCCGGUUUGGCCAUACCAUCGCAACCGAACGGUGCCACCAUGGAUAAUAUUGAGAAGUAUAUGACUGAUCUGUAUAAGAUGGCUACAACAAAUACGCAUGGACCGGCGAGUCUCAAUAAAGCGAAGGAUAUUAUAAGAAAAUUAGAUUUACAAAUUAAUUUGUAACUUAGUUUAGGGAGUGUAUAAGCAUUUUUAGUUGUUGUUAAUUAUGUCGUUUAAUUUGAAUUGAAUCUUGAGCUUAAAAGCGUGCAGUGCUUCUAUAUUUUUGAUUUAUUAAUUAAUUUUGUCUUAUUAAUUAUUUAAAAAUAAGAAUUUAUACAAUAACUGUGGUGGCAGAUAUGUUUUAUACAUUCCAUACGCUUUGCAAGGAACAUGUUUCAUAAUUAUUUGGAGAAGCAAGUUUGUUAUUUUUUUUGUGGUUAAUGUUAUAUAGAAUUUAACAAGUUUUUUUUUUUUUUGUUUUUCUAUUCAACUUUUUUUUGCGUAGUAUGCUAUGUUGAAAUACUAUUUAAUGCCAUAAAUCCAAUAAUAGCAUUAAGUUAUUUAGGUUUAGUGUUGGUAUAAUCAGAAAAUAAAUCCUAAAUUAUUAUAAAAUAAGGAAUUCAUAAUGUCUACAGUGUUGUUAAAUAUAUUAUAUGCAAUCUAUUAAUAUAAUAUAAAAUAUUUCCACUGUCGUUUUCUAAUUUUAUUUAGCAAUAAUAAUUUUACUACCAAUUGUAGUGAAAAACAAUUAGAAAUAUGUAUUGAAAUUAAUUUUGAUUUUCAUACAACCUCAUGUGCUAUGUUCCUUCCAAUCAAACAGAGACUAAUAUUUACAGCUCAUUUCUUAAAAAAUAAUAAUUUCAAAAAUGCAUUUUGUAAUUAUAUACUAGUUUUACAGAGUUCUGACUCCAAGUUGUACUGAAUUGUGUCUUCUUUAAUUUGGUUUAGUUUUAAGCACUUCAAAUUGUUGCAAGAUAGUUGUACAUACAUAUCACAAAAUUUUUAAGCAAUUAUUUUUGGCAUUAGCAAACAAAUCACGUUAAUAUACUGAACAAAAAUUUAAUGUAAUAGUA